CACCCGGGGUCGGAGGGCGCCUUUCCUCGGCAGACGGCGUCCGCGCUUCCCGGAGCGAGGGGGAGACGUGAAGUCCACGGUGUGGCGCGGCCCCGCGCGGAGGAAGAUGACGUUUCAUCCUCGGCACCGAAAAUACCGACUUCUGGGAGCCAGCGCAGGCUGGAGGUUGCCAAACCCUGCUAUUCUAGAGAUAGCAUCACAAUAAGCAUCCCCGAAUUUCCAACAGAUUUAAAUAGCAGCAUGUCCUUUGUCUAUUUAAAGAAAAUAACAAAGAGAAAGAAUGACAAAUUUGAGGCAUAUGGUAGGGAUUUCGCAAACAUUUACUGGUCCCAAAAUAGACACGACGUUAAGAAGCAAAAGUUACAGGAUGAUAAAAAAAAUGUAGAUUCAGAAAUUUUCUCCCCUGAAUAUUGUGAAAGUAACCACCAGUUACUCAGCAACCAAAACAUUUUUGAGAGAAAAAAAGACUUGUCUAGUUUAAAUUGCUAUGACCACAGUAGAAUCAAGUGUUAUGUAAGAGACUCUAAAAAGACCUUCACUAUAACACUGAGAAAUACAGAUUGGAUGGGAGCAGAAACAAACCUGACCAGUUACGUGCCUACCGGGUUGGAAAAAUCUCAAAGCAGGCACUGUAAUCUUAGACAUAUUUUGAAUAGGCACAAUUCUUGGGUCAUGAAAAGUUACAAGACUAACAGUGAACAUAUGAAAAGAGCUAGAGAAAAGCUAAAUUUGCUACAACUACAAGAAAUAGAACUUUUAGGCAAGGAAGAUUAUCGCAAUACAAAAGCUGUGAAUGUGCACGAUGGACAACAGUCAAAUCCUUUAAUGGUAGAAAUGCCAGCAGGUCCUAAUAUUCAUAGAAGAGCCCAAAGUUUAUUUAAGUGGAAAACAGUACUUAAUAAUGGAGAACAGGAAGUUCCCAAUGUGUAUUGCUGCCCUAGAACAUCAGAGGAAGAAAUACUCUAUUUUACUUCUGAGCAAGAUGGUAAAAAUACUUUACCUAAAAGACCUGCUAUAUUCCCUGAUGACUGCAUGGAAGAAAAACUUAAUUAUUUACCAAGGGGAGGUAGUCAUUUUUCACAUGGCAUUUCAAGAAUUCAGCCUCUUAAGACGUGCAACCGACCGAUCAGGAUUGGUUUAUCAAGAAAAGCUAGAUUUAAACAACUCCAUCCCUACCUGAAAUAACUAUAUUACAAGAAUUUAAAAGAAGAUUUUUGGACUUUUGAAACAUUUCACAAUAUCCAGAAAUGUUUUUUGUCUUUGGAUAAAUGCUGUCUUUCAGUUUGAGUUGGUG